CACAAGUUGGGCACUCCACUCUCCCCAACAGAAUUAAUAAAACCCUCCUCCCCAAUGGAACCCGAAUCCUCCUCCUCUUCCCCCACGCUAAUCUCAUCCAACGGUGACGCUCCCGCCCCUCACCGCCCAAUCAGCAACCCCGACCUCCUCGACAUCGACUCCUACUCCUCCCUCUACUCCGGCCGCACCAAGAUCACCCGCCUCCUCUUCAUCGCCGACCGCUGCGACGUCGUUUCCCUCCAAUUGGAGGCCCUCCGGAUCGCCUACGACGAGGUCAAGAAGGGAGAGAACACGCAGUUGUUCCGCGAAGUUGUCGCCAAGAUUGCUGGCAGGUUGGGCGAUGCUCAUGGACCCGACCCGGAUUGGACUGAAGUUGUGGAGAGGAAGGCCGACGCCAGGAAGGAUAAACUCGAAAACGAACUUAAUGCGUAUAGGACAAAUUUGAUCAAGGAAAGCAUAAGAAUGGGAUACAAUGAUUUUGGAGAUUUCUACUAUGCUCACGGGGCAUUAGGGGAUGCAUUUAAGAAUUAUGUCCGGACUCGUGACUACUGCACUACAUCAAAGCAUAUUAUUCACAUGUGUUUAAAUGCAAUUCUAGUCAGCAUUGAAAUGGGUCAGUUCACCCAUGUAACAAGCUAUGUCAGCAAAGCAGAGCAAAGUCAGGAAGCUGUGGAACCUAUAGUAGCUGCUAAAUUGAGGUGUGCUGCAGGAUUGGCCCAUCUGGAAGCUAAAAAGUACAAGCUUGCUGCUCGUAUGUUUCUGGAAACACAUCCCGAGUUGGGAAAUAACUAUUCUGAAGUCAUAGCUGCUCAAGAUGUUGCAACAUAUGGUGGUCUUUGUGCACUUGCAAGUUUUGACAGAGCUGAGCUGAAGGCUAAAGUCAUUGACAACAUUAAUUUUCGGAACUUUUUAGAGUUGGUGCCUGAAGUUAGGGAACUUAUUCAUGAUUUUUAUUCAAGUCAUUAUGCUUCAUGCUUGGACUAUCUUGGGAGCCUCAAAGCAAAUUUGUUGCUUGACAUACAUUUGCAUGAUCAUGUUGAUACGCUGUACGACCAAAUUCGUAGCAAAGCUCUGAUUCAGUAUACUCAUCCAUUUGUGUCUGUUGAUAUGCGCAUGAUGGCCGAUGCUUUCAAAACCAGUGUGGCAGGGUUAGAGAAAGAACUUGAAGCUUUGAUAACAGAAGACCAAAUACAGGCUCGUAUAGAUUCGCACAACAAAAUCUUGUAUGCUCGGCAUGCUGAUCAAAGGAAUUCCACAUUCCAGCGUGUGUUGCAGACUGGCAGCGAAUUUGAUCGCGAUGUGAAGGCCAUGCUCCUGAGAGCAAAUCUUAUCAAGCAUGAAUUCUACUCUAAGCAGUCGAAGAAACUACACAACUUCUGAGCAAAAGAUAUAUUUAGAAAGUAGUGUUUAUUUUGAUUGGCAUCGGACAAUGUUGUGCUCUAAACUAUGUGAAUCUUGGUCUAUUGGUGGUGGCAACUGUUAAGACUGUUAUCUGCAACACGUGAACAGUUAAAGGCUCUGUCUAUUGAAAAAAAGGAAUCAGAUUUUAACACUUGGAGGAUUA